AGCAGGCGGCGUGGCGGCACCAGCAGGAGCAGCGGUCGCAGCAGCAGAAGCAGCAGUGUUAGCUAGGGGUCGUCGUCACCGUCGCUGAGAAAAGUCGCCAUCAUGUACUCCGGGGCGCUCAUGUCAGCCAAGCUGCGGGCAGCCGCUACGUCAAGUUCCAAUUCGGGGAUGCAGCGCAGCGAGACGCUCAAGCCGCGCAGGUCGCAGGCUAAGCGUCAGUGGAGCAUCCAAGCGGUCAAGGGGAAGGUCACCACGACAUGUUUGUGGAAUGCUUGCAAGGCGCUCACCAUCGGCAUCCUUCUCAUCUUCAUUGGCGCCGGCAUGGCAACGAUAGGUUACUACGCGGAGGAGGCCCAGCUGAGAAGGCAGGCUACUCAGAAUAGCACGGCUCCCCUCAGCGUCAGCAACUCGACCAACAACUACCCGCUGCCUCUUCCCCCUCACACCACAGGAUCUCGAACCCAUCCACCGUCCAGCCCCCAAAACGGUUCCGGGAGCAAUACUACUAACGCCCUCAAUACCACAACCACCACUACCAUUAUUAACUCCACCAGUGCCCUUGGUGUUAAUUUCACCGGCAGUAGGCCGGGUAUGGGCAUGAUCUUCCCUCCUGAGGGGGGUUUUGGCCUCAACAAGUUAUCGUAUGUUGGUCCCAUCGUUAUGGGCUUUGGAGGUUUUGUAAUAGUGGCUGCCUGCGUCAUGACGUUUGAGGCAAGAGACAGUGCGGCCAAAAUAGUGCCGGCCAGAUUCCGUAAGACUUUUCCGGAGCGAAGCAACCGUCAGGAAGACACAGGUGUACGAAAUUCGUCGUCACAGACGAAGUGGGAAACUUUGGGGUUAUAUGGCAGUGAGCUUAUGAGGCACCAGAGUGGCCGAGAACUCUCGCGCCGUGCUAUGACUUUUGCAUUCAUUCAGUUUUCUAAAAAUUUGCAAACCAGCAUGGAUUCUGCGGCCGAGUAUUACGAUGCUCGUGGCUCCCGACCUCAAUUGGUCAAGUGUCCUUCUGCACCUUCCCUGGUGCGGCCUUUCCAGCAGGAGGAACGACGAGUCAUCGAGCCUCCCCGGGUACUGCGAGUGCACAGCAGACCCACCCACCCGCCACAGAGCCCCAGACGCCGUCUUACCCCAAACAACCUCCCUCGCCAAGCCAUGUCCGUCGAUAACCCAGCGGUGCGUGAGGUCUACACUGCCGCUUACCCUGCUUUCAUCGGUGGGCGUGGCGAUGAAGAUCUGGAACUGGGUGCUUCUGCAACAGGUGUUCAUCAGGCUGGGAGUGACGCCUCGCUGGCCAUGGACUUGCAUCUCCCCCAGUGUUCUGUAACGCUCGCAGUUCGUGACCAGAGCCGGUCGCCGAGCAACACUCGCAUGGACUUUGAUGAGGCCUCCGCUGCCAGUCCAUUGCUCGACCCUGACCUCGAAGCAGCGGGUCCAUCAGGUUUAUCUUGUAUUAAAGUGGACAAACAAACCUCCACAUCAGAUCACCAGUCAUUAAGCCUCUUAGGAAUAUCGCACGACACCUGGGGCUCUCGAGAUACAACCAUCGCGUCUGCCCGAGCAAUGAGUGGGUCCUUCAGAGAAUCGCGGCGCCCUCGCCCCUCCCGGAGAGUGAGGCGUAGUGAAACCAUAGACACUGCCACGGCCGCUCAUCGUCGCACCCACACCCGCCACCACAGUACGGGUGGUGGUGGUGGUGGUGGGGGGAGUGCCAGGCACGGCUCUGUAAGAAGUGGCUCCACGACUCGAAGUGCAGUGGAGGCCCGGAGGCUGCACAAUACCCGCAGCGAAACUGCUCGUCGACACCAGUUUCUUCGUCAGCAAAAGGUAGAGGCUGGAGAAUCACACGAGGACGUGGGCAAACAGCAGCACUAUGAAGUUUAAUGGUUGAAAAGAUAUGGUGACAAACAGUUUAACUCCAGCCAUCUCCUAAGGCAGCUACGGUGAUGGACAUACCUCAUAACGACAAUAUUUUUCAAAGUGGUGCACUGGUAAACUUAGGCAAUAUAGCUUACGAUAUGUGGUCUAUUGCCAUUCAGAGUAAAUUUUCAGUGAAGUCCAUUUAAAUGAAUAAAAAACUGUAGUCAUCUCUCAAUUUUAGUGGCCGUAUUUGGUUACAUAGGUUAACACUUGAAAAAGGUUGGUAGAUUGAACCUCAUCUUUUGUAAGAUCAUUGUUUAAGAUGUAUCACUGACCUAUUUCACAUUUGAGUAAUAUUGUAGAUAGAUUAGUUCAAAACAAAAAUAAAUCCUAUCUGGUUACAGGUUUCAGAGUCAGAGAAACAGUGCAAAGGACGAGAGGUAUCAACAAGUUCCAUUGUGAUGUAAAGGCUUUACCAGUCCUUGUUAUCCUCUUGUGAGGUAUGUAAUUAUUCAUCGAUAUCUAGAAUUCAGUUUGAAUGAAAAGAAGGCAAUCAUAUCUAACCUAAGGAGAUAAAACUAUGUCUUAGUCAGUAAGGGUUUAAGUAUAGAUAUAGGUUGUAUAACAUUUUCCUUUUCAUUUCUCUCAUUGAUAAUUCGCCAAUUUAGUGAUCAUCAUCUGUUAGGUCUCUGUAUAAAAUUAACUGUGAAAAUUGGAUGAACCAUAUGGCGUUAUUUUGCAGAGAUGUCAGAAUUUUCAAUUGAUGUCAUUAAUCAUAGGGACUUCGAUUAAUCGAGAUAAACUAUAUCUUGAAAAGUGAGGGAAACUUCAAGCUUUCAAACUUGGAUUAUUUUUCAUCUCUUUUAUCCCAAUAGUGUCUUCCAGAACAAUGAGGCGAAAUCCAGAUAAAAGCCAAUUUUUCCAUUUGAUAAUAUCGUUAUCCUGAACAUGCAGGGGACCUGGCUCCAAGACGGUGAAUGUACGGUUGUGCAUUGUAACUUGGACACCUGUUAGACCUGAGAGCACCGAGUGAAGUUUGGUUAUACUAAGGCUAAUGGCGGUAUUUUAGAUAUGAUAAUCGAGGCGAGCUGGCAUUAUUCAAAGCAUUUUGGCAUUCCUAGACCUUAAUAACUGUUUGCAUUGGUUUUGUCACUAGGCUGUUAAUCUUGAGUUGUUAUGUAGUUUGCUUAUUCUUCCUGUGUCAUCCAUCCCCUUUGGUUUCCCCUUUGGUUCAACUCUAUUUCAAAGAAACGGUAUGUUUUUCGUGGUGUCUGUCACAGACCAAGAGUCUGACUUAUAAUCAUUCUUUUCAAAGAGUUUAUAUUUGUUCUUUCAAAUCAUCAUCUUAAAAUGUUGGAAUAGCUAGCCUGUAUGAAAACAAUUUUUGUUUUGAAAGUUACCUUAACUUCAACAGUACCUCUUAAAACAUAGCAACUUGCCCUUUUGACCAUUUUUUUCCUUCACGUCACACACUUCACUGGACAUUAUAAGAGGCAAAAAGCAGGAAAUGGAAAUAUGCCUCAUUAACCGAACAUGUACUCACACCUCACACACGCACGCACAAAAGUAUGAGCACAUUUAACUUGUGUAUACGCAAACACCCGUGCAUAUACUACAUGCAUGUAUGUACAUAUAGACGCUGAACUUGAAAAUGUUUCAUCGUUCCGUAUGACUGAACUGUUCGGAAACCGAGCAGUAUCAUCAUGACACGUUCAUAUUACUGAGCUAUGCGAGACAACUGAAAUGACUAAAAGCUAAAGCAACUGGUAAACAGGAGCAUUACCAGAUCUAGGUUUUGCCAACUUUGCUUCGACACUAUUGCAUUCGGAUAUUGUAAACUGAGCAGCAAUGCGCACAUUCGUGAUUAAAUUGAACACGUGGUACAGCACAAGACUGAUUUUCUGUACGGGUCAUGAUUAUUAGACAUAGCUCAAUGUUAGCGUGAAGUAUGUUAUGUCAGCAAGUGCACUCUUUUCUUAGUAAUGUCAGCUGUUUGAUUUCACAGCGUGGGCCUGAAGAAACUUUGCCCACUGAGGUAGAAGCUCUACAGUACUCGAUUACGGUUCCUAGGAAAUUUUGCACUAAGAGUUGGCCAUCAUUUCACUCAAUCUUGAACGUUUACGACCCUAUUUUGAGAAAUUUCCGAAAUACAAGAUUAAAGAUAUCAACGAUGAAGACCUAUUACAUUUAUUGUUUCCAGGCUGAUUUUAAAGAACAGGCAGCCUAUAAAUCUUCAUAAUAUUUCCUUUAUCACUUUGUUACAUCUAGAAAUUCUUAUUUCCAUUAAAAUUAUAAUGCUCUUAUGACGUGUUAUAUGAUCAGUCUUUCCGUUAUAAAGAUCAAUAAAACCCGGUUUUCUCCUGCUUUUAAGUCAUAUGAGGCAAGUUCAGUCGAAAUCUCUUCCAACCGCGUGAUUAUAAGAACGGAGGCUGGAGAUGCGCUAAUUUUCAGCGAUUUGAAGUUUCCUGAAUUCGUGUAUUACAUUAUAUGAAAUAGUAAGAUGGCCCACAAAAUAGUAAGGCUUAAGGCUAAGGCUCCAACAAAUCCGUCAAGUGCGUCCCACACUCCCAAAGCGGCCUCGUCCGUCUAUAAGUAUGUCCUCCUCCUGCAUACGUGACCCCACCAGACAAACAAGACGUCAGGUCAACAGCACUUGCCAUCAUGGAGGGAGUGUGUGAGCUUUUCCUCUAUGACUCACUGUCAACUAAAUUAAAAGUGUUGGAGGAUAAGAAACUUUAGACAUAGAAAAGAAUGGAGAAUAUCAUACACUCAAAAGUUACGGCAGCACCCAGAUAAGCUUUUGGAGCAUUGCAAAAUGCCGCAGAAAACCUCUGAAUUGAUUCACAAGGGCAUUCAAACUCGAAUAUCAAAGUUUAACACUAACUACAGAUGAGCAAUAUCAACGGAAGAGAGACUUGUAGUAACUCUUAAGUAAGGUUUGUUGAUUUCGAAAU